UUCGUCGAUUUUGUCACGUGGGAUGCAGGUGCAUUGUUUACCUUCGGCAGCUGACGUCACGACGCCGUCUCUCCCGUUCAAGUGCAGCAGGCAGCGAACUAAAGCGUGUAGUGCGUGUGAUGCCAACCGCGAAUUCUGGCGUUUUUUGGACAAGAGCACAAAGAUUCCGUGUUCUGGAGGGAAGCCUGUGCAAGUGGAGCUGCUGUGUGAAACACUAAAAUGGGGCGGCUCUGACUGCUCAUCUACCUCGGCACACACCGUCGGCGGCUCAUUGAACGGACGUCACUUGGAGAUCUCAGUCUCUGGUGCAGAUUCAGGUGCUGACGGUGGCUUGGGCGCCAUGGAGCACACUGAACCCCUGAGCAGCCUGUCCCGAUGGUACCUGUAUGCCAUCCAUGGCUACUUCUGCGAGGUCAUGUUCACGGCCACCUGGGAGUUUGUCGUCAACUACAACUGGAAGUUCCCCGGCGUUACCAGCGUCUGGGCCCUCUUUAUUUAUGGUACCUCCAUCCUGGUCAUGGAGAAGAUGUACCUGGUACUGAAAGAUCGCUGCCCCUUCCUGCUGCGCUGCCUCCUCUACACCCUCUGGACGUACGUGUGGGAGUUCUCCACAGGCUUCAUCCUGCGACACUUCAACGCCUGCCCCUGGGAUUACUCCCUCUUUGAGUACGACUUCAUGGGCCUGGUCACUCUGGAAUACGCUGUGCCCUGGUACUUGGCGUCCAUCAUCGUCGAGAAGGUCAUCAUCCGCAAUACCCUCCGCCUGCGGUUUGACGGCACCCUGAGCGAUGAGCGAUACGGGAGCAGGUGCUUCAACUCAAAGAAGUUGAAGUGAGGUGGAGGUGGGGGGCGGGGGGUCUUUUGGGCUGCCCCAGGUGCUCAGGGUGGACUUCAGGGACUUCUGCCGGGCAGGCUGCCAGGGCUUGCUGGACUCGCCCACAGUCGUCCGGCGUGGGCAUUUCUACUUGUGGUUGUUUACUGCUCUCGUAUUCACUAAAGACUUUGGGUUUGGUGCUCGGCC